AUGGCGGCAGCGUCGUGGGACAGUGCCAACGUCGACCUUCAAGCAAAUGGCCAGCACAGCACAUCACCGAUGAAAGAGGCCGGCUACGGAACAUUACACGCUGAACGACAUAGCGAAACGCAUGCUGCUGUGAAGCCACAACGCCCCGGCCUUCCUCGCUUCACCACCAGCAAAGAAAACGUCCUCGCACAGUUCUUCAUCGGAGCUCUAGAUCAGGGAACAACAAGUUCGCGGUACAUCAUCUUCGAUGGUACUGGAACGCCAGUCGCCAGUCACCAGCAUGAAUUCCAGCAGCACUAUCCUGAAUCUGGAUGGCACGAGCACGAUCCCAAAGAACUCAUAGCCAGCGCCGAAGUUUGUAUCAAGAAGGCUACCUCCACCUUCGCUCAGCUCGGGCACGACAUUAACGAUAUCAAGGCCAUGGGACUCACCACGCAACGAGAAACAGCUCUCGUAUGGGACAUCGAGACCGGCGAACCACUACACAAUGCAAUCGCGUGGCCUGACACCCGAACCAAGGGUAUCGUGAGAGAGUUGAAGGAGAAGGAGAAGACCGAGGGCAUAAGCAUUGCAGAAAUGACCGGAAUGCCGCUUUCUACAUACCCAUCCGCUGUGAAGCUCGUGUGGCUGCUGAGGCAUGUGCCGAAGGUGAAGGAAGUGUACGAUGCUGGAAAGAUGGCAUUUGGUACUGUGGACACUUGGCUGGUCUACAACUUCAACGGCAAGGACAAGCAGUACUUUGUCACGGACAGCACGAAUGCUUCUCGGACAAUGUUUAUGAAUUUGCACACCGUCAAGUAUGAUCAGAAAUUGUUCGACUUCUUUGGCAUCGACAUGGAGAAGCUCCACCUGCCACGCAUUGUUCCAUCGUCAGACGGAGAAGCCUACGGAAAGAUCUCAACUGGACCUUUGCAGGAUAUGAAGAUUGCUGGUUGUCUGGGUGAUCAGUCUGCCGCCCUUGUCGGACAACAGGGCUUCACUCCGGGAUGCGCCAAGAACACAUACGGCACAGGAUGCUUUUUGCUUUACAAUGUGGGAGAGAAGCCGGUCAUUUCGCAUCACGGACUCCUGGCUACGAUUGCUUACGACUUUGGACGAAAUCGGAAACCUGUAUAUGCUUUGGAAGGAAGCAUUGCUGUGGCAGGAUCUGGUACGUACUGUCAUUCACUGGAAUGUGAUUGUAUUGAGCUGAAGUUGACUUCUUUACUCUAGGUGUCAAAUUCCUGAUGAAUAACAUGGGGUUCAUCACGCAUUCGCACAAGAUCUCUGACCUUGCAGCAUCUGUGGAAGACAACGGUGGCUUGGUCUUCGUGACGGCCUUCUCUGGUCUAUUCGCACCGUACUGGAUCGACGAUGCCAAAGGCACCAUCUUCGGCAUAACGCAACAUACGCAGCGAGGUCACAUCGCACGCGCAACUCUCGAGGCAACGUGUUUCCAAACCAAAGCUAUCCUGGAUGCAAUGACUAAGGAUAGUGGCCAUGCUCUCUCCGACCUCGCAGUAGACGGAGGAAUGUCCAACUCCAACUUGUGCAUGCAGACGCAGGCGAACAUUAUCGGUAUCCCUGUUGAUCGCCCUGCAAUGCGCGAGACGACCGCUCUAGGUGCAGCUAUCGCGGCAGGCUUCGCGGUCGAUAUCUGGAAGGAGUUCGACGAGUUGAAGGCCAUCAACCAAAAGGACCGUCGCAUCUUCACGCCUGACAUCACACCCGAACAGUCGGAGAAGAUGUUCAAGAAGUGGAAGCGGGCUGUGGAUAUGUGUCGCGGAUGGUUGGAUCCUGAGGAGUACGGCGAAGACUUCUAG